UCCCUUGUCCCCUCCUCCCUCCAUUCCUGUCCCUCCCCCUUCCGACAACUCUACCCUCUCUUUCUCCCAUAUUCACGCACCCUUCCUUUAUAACCCACCUCUCCAUCCUUAUCCUCUUCACCCAUCACCACCAUUUCACUUUUCCCCUUCCAAGACUCGAUUUUUAAUGGAUUCCGAUCUCAAUUUGAAGGCCACCGAGCUCCGAUUGGGGCUUCCCGGCACCACCGAUGCAAUUUCUCCCCCCAAAAACAACAAGCGCUCAUCCCCUGACUCCGAUUCCGCCCCCUCACCUCCCAAGGCACAGAUUGUGGGGUGGCCGCCGGUUAGAUCUUACCGGAAGAACAAUUUGGCGGAGGUGGAAAGUGGGAGUUUUGUGAAGGUGAGCAUGGAUGGAGCUCCUUACCUCAGGAAGAUUGAUUUGAAGGUUUACAAUGGCUAUUUGGAGCUUCUUGAGGGUUUGGAGAAGAUGUUUAAGCUCACCAUAGGUGAAUACAGUGAGAGAGAGGGAUACAAAGGGUCUGAAUAUGCACCUGCCUAUGAAGACAAAGAUGGUGACUUGAUGCUUGUUGGGGAUGUUCCAUGGGAGAUGUUCAAGUCAUCUUGCAAGAAGCUGAGGAUCAUGAAAGCCUCAGAUGCCAGAGGCUUAGGCUGUGCUGUAUGAAUCAUCAAGAGAGAGAGGAUGUGGAGAGAUCAUCAUCAUCAUCCUGGAGCUUGGGUUUUCGAAGAUGAAACAAGAUAGUGAAACUUCCCCUUGGAACAGAGGUGUUCUUGAUAAUAUUGCAGCAUCCAACCUGGGAUGUAUUUGUUGUUGCAAUUAGGGGGGGGAGAGUAAACCGAAGGCAUACACAAUUUUGGUGCUGUUGUGUAAAUACAGUGUAUUUCUUUUCGAGUUUUGGGUUGAGGUUCUUCAUGUGUUGUGUAAUUCAAUGGUUGUAUCUUGUGUCAUUGGUUGACACAUUGAAAUGAAAUGAAUCAUUGACUAUUUGGAGUUCA